AUGGCGGAGAAAAAGAUGACGUCGAGCCGGAGGAAUCAGCUCAAGAGCUUGCUGCUGCAGAUCGGGGAAGCGAUGCUGGAGCAGGAGGCCAGGGAAGUCGAGGAGGAGAAGAACAAGUACAUGGAGGAGAACUGCCCUUCUCUCUCCAUCCCAGGCUGCAUGCAGGAGCUGCAGGAGCUGUGUCGGAAACUUCACAAGCAGAUUGAUCUAGUGGACGAGGAGCGAUACGACAUGGACAUGAAAGUGAAUAAGUCCAACAAGGAGAUUGACGACCUGAAGGUGAUGGUUCAGGAUCUGAAGGGGAAAUUCAAGAAGCCCGCCCUGAAGAAAGUACGCAUGUCUGCUGACGCCAUGCUGGCUGCUCUGCUGGGCUCCAAACAUAAAACGUCCAUGGACCUGAGGGCCAACCUGAAGCAGGUCAAGAAGGAGGUCAAAGAGGAGGAGAUGAAAACUGGUGACUGGAGGAAGAACAUCGAAGACAAGGCCGGUAUGGAUGGCAGGAAGAAAAUGUUUGAGACAGAGGCUUAA